AUGACUGAUAAUAUGCAACGAUCAUCAUCGCGUACGAUAUAUAAUAGUGAUGCAAUUGAUUGUAUUGUUAACACAAAUGAUCUUGCAUUGGAACAUGAUACAAUGAAUCAAGAAUUUGAACAAAAAAGAGCAUCAAGUGAUUCACGACGUCAUCAACCAUCCAAACGUAUCAAUGGACAUUCAACUGAUCGAUCAAGUCGUCAUUCUCCACCAUUAGUUACACAUAAACGUCCGUCAAGUCCUUCAACUAAUUCAUUAUCAACAUCACGUUCUCAACAUAAUUAUUAUGUAUCUCAGAAAUAUCAAGAAGUUUCAAGAUCACCAUCACCAACAUCUCGACAUCAUCGAUCCAGUCGAGUUGCUGCUUCAGUAAAACGUCCACAUUCUGAUUCUCGAUCACCACAUGAACGACGUCCAACAACACAUCGUACUUAUCCAACAUCGUCACGUAAACGUACUAAUGAUAUUGAUGAAUUUCAAUCUACUCCAUCAGUAAGAAAACAAACCGGAUCUACAAAAACACAUCGAAAACAAGAACUAGGUGAUUUAAGUAUCGUAUCCGAAGAUGAAUUAACAAAACCACAUGAUAAUCAAUCAAAUAAUUCCACAACCAAUGAAUUAUCAUCAUCAACAACUAAUAAACUUCAUUCAACUCCAUCUGUUCCUAUACUUCAACCAACUUCAAAUGAAAGUCUUUUAGAAAUGAGUACCAUUCCUCAAGAUUGUGAAAUAUCACUUUUUGCUAAAUCAGCUCUUUCAAUUACAAAUACAAGUUCAAUUUCAACAACACCAAUCAUUCCUGGAAAUGAUUUUAUGCAAAUUAUUGAUCUUAUGAGUAGAUAUAAAAUGAUGCAAGCCAUACCAUCUACUAAUAAAGAGAUCGAAGUUUGUUCCAAGGAAAUCUUUGUACUUAUACAAAAACAAAUUGAAUUACAAAAAAAAGAACUUGAUUAUCGUGAAAGAGAAAUGAAAUUACGUGAACGUGAACUUAUUGAACGUGAAAAAUGUUUUAAUGAAAAAUUGAAUGGUCCAAAAAAUUUAAUUUCAAAUACUAAUGAACCUAUUGUUACUUUUAAACCAACAAUUAUUGAAGAAAAACCAUCACAACAAGAAUUUAAAAUCACAAUUGAUCAAAAUACGAAAAAUGUAAUGCAAGAAAAAACUGUUGAACAAUCAAUUCCAACGACUGUUGAUACGUCGAAAAUUGAUUUAGGAAAUAAAAAUACUUCGAAUCAAUCAUCAUCAUCAAUUCGUAAGAAUCAUGGAAAAUCACGUUUUUCACAAAUUAUUGAUGAACCAUCAAUUUCUACUUUACAAAAACAACCAAUAAUUGAUCCAUAUAGUGAUAUUGAUAUAGAUAAUCAAUCAUGUUCAUCUAUAAAUUCAACAAAUUCUUUAAAAAAAGUUCUUUCAAACAUUUUAGCAUCUAGUGAAUCAACAAAAUCUAUCAUGGAUGGUGAUUUAAAAGUAACAUCAACAAAUUCAUGUCGUAAAGUUGAAAUUCAAAGUGACAAUAUUCAUCCAACAAUAACAAUAAGUAAAGAACCACCACAGGAUUUACGUUUAACUUUAAGUAAAAAUCGAACAAAACAUCAAAACAAUGAUGAUAACAACACACAUGAUCAAGUAAUCAAUCGUGAUGAACAAAUUGUAACAAUGUCAGCAAUCAAUGAAGACAAACAACAAAGCCAUGAUUACCCGCAACAAAGAAGUGUCACAUCGGCAUCGAUUGGGACAAUCAUCGACGAAUCCAAUGACAAACGAGAUGAUCAUCGUCAUCAUCAUCAUCAUCAACAGCAACGAUCCAACAGCAGUCGACAACAGCAAUAUCCAGGUGACAAUUAUUCAGCAUCAACAAAUGAACGAUCUUAUUAUAAUAGAUCAACAUCACAACAAUCAGCAAAACAUGAACCAAAUCAAAAGCGCCAUGAAACUGAUGAUCUUCGUAUUCAUAUACAUGAACAGAAAUAUCCUAAACCAUCACAAAAUGUUCAAUUAAAAAGUCAAAUUGAAACUUAUGAAAAAGAUAGUAUCCGUUUACCAACAAAAAUGUUACCAUUUAAAAUUAUGCGUAAUUCUUCACGAGAUGUUGAUGAUGUUCAACGUAAAAAUGAUGCACUUACACAAAAAGUACAUACACAAGAAGAAGAAUUUCGAUUACAAAAUGAAACAAUGAUGCAUGAAUUAAAUGAAGUAAAUAAAUGA